AUCAUUCAUGUGUAUCUGAAAGUCGUAAGAUCAUUUUAGAAUAGAGUUAAAUGGUCUGAUAUUGAGGACCAAACGAUUUAUAUUAUAGGAGCAAACAAUAUUAAAAGUAUGGGCGCUCAAGUUUCUCAAACGGACUAUGAAUGGGUGUAUACGGAAGAACCGCAUGCAACACGAAGAAAAGAAAUAUUGGCAAAAUAUCCAGAAGUAAAAAAGCUGAUGGGACAUGAACCUAGAACAAAAUACAUUGUAGCAGCUGUGGUGUUAUUCCAGAUUCUCAGUUUAUAUUUGAUAAAAGAUGCAUCGUGGGUAACAGUGGUCAUAUUAGCAUACUGUCUUGGUGGGACAAUAAAUCACUCAUUAACUCUUGCUAUUCAUGAAAUAUCACACAAUUUAGCAUUUGGUCAUAGCUAUCCUUUGGCCAACCGAAUUUUAGGAUAUAUUGCCAAUUUGCCACUAGGUGUGCCAAUGUCAGUUUCUUUCAAGAAAUAUCAUCUUGAGCAUCAUCGUUACCAAGGUGACGUGGAAAGAGAUGUAGAUAUUCCAACAGAAAUAGAAGGAAGAUUUUUCACUCGUACAUGGUCAAAAUUUGUAUAUUGUUUACUAAUGCCAUACUUCUACACUAUUCGACCACUGUUUGUACGACCAAAACCUCUCACAGGUUUAGAACUUAUAAACAUAGUUAUCCAAGUAGCUUUUGACAUUUGUAUUUAUAACUUUUGGGGUAUUAAACCAGUAUUUUACAUGAUAGCAGGAACUCUUAUGGGAACUGGAUUACACCCAUUGUCUGGACAUUUUAUAGCAGAGCACUACAUGUUUAUCAAAGGCUGUGAGACCUAUUCAUAUUAUGGACCAUUGAAUUACCUAACCUUCAAUGUAGGCUAUCACAACGAACACCAUGACUUCCCAUAUAUACCAGGAUCAAGACUUUAUAAGGUGAAAGAAAUUGCCCCAGAGUAUUAUGAUAAUUUACCCCAGCAUUCAUCCUGGUGUAAAGUGAUCUUUAACUUUAUAACUGAUCCAUCUAUAGGACCAUUCUCUCGAAUCCGUAGAAGAAUGAAAACUGACUAUGAGGAGAAACAUAUAAAAGAUGUCCAAACACCAAAUGGAAAGACACAUGCAGAUUAGACAUGUUAGAAGAAGUUUUAUUCAUCAUAUUGUAAUCACAAAUUCAUCAUUGCUUUUUGUCAUUAUUGUAUAUAAGGUAAUUGGAAGAAAUAUUUGAAUACAAUGUCAAUAACAAAUAAAAAGGCAGUACAUGUUUUUAAAGUCUUCAGGAACUUAUUAAACCUUUAAUAUUUAAUAUUUUAAGGACCUUUAUUUUUUACAAUGUUAUAUAAAUUCUAAUGUAAGAUUGUAUUAUCAAUUAGUGCAAAAGAAUCAUAUUAAGUUUUCAUUGAUUCACAAUAACAUGCCUUUAUAUAAUGUGAAUUUAUAUGCCAUGCAUAUGCCUGCAUUAGAAACUUGGUACUGUGGUUUCAUUAUUAUUCAUGGGAUAUCAAAUUUCAUGGAUUUUUUGGGGAAAGAUGAAGAAUUCUUUUAUUUCAGACAUUUUCUUUAUGGGUGUGUGAAGACUUUGGCAAACCAUGAAAUAAAAAAUUCACCGAAAUGCCAGUUUUUUGUAUCCAUGAAAAUUGGUACCCAUAAAAAAUAAACAAAUCCAUAGUAUUUCAAUAUGAAAUUAAACUUUCUUGAGCAAAUAUCUUAAAAAAUAUCUUGUAAAUCUAAAUAUAUGUAUUUAGAUUUUUCUGCAUUUCAUAGAUUUAAAAGUUCAUGUUGAAAUUUUGAUUAUUUAAGUUGUUAUCAUUGCUGUUACCAAAAGUCACAUCUCUUUUUUAAACACAUGUAUUAUAGAGAAAUUGUGUUCAGUGAACACAGAUACUUUUUGUUAUAUGUUGAAAGUAUUGUUUUGAAAACAAAAAGUUGUAUUAUUGCUUUAAGUUAAGUUUGAUUGUAAGUUGGUGCUAUAUACCACCAGUCAGUGCUAACAUGUUACAUCAAUUUUUCAGUAUUUUAAUUACUUUUACAAGGUUUUCAACAUUUUAAAAAUGUUGUAAAUUAUAUGGAAUAGUUUUACUGCUGACAUUUUUGUGAACUUGAAUCUUUGUCACUAUAGCAUUUGAUGUUGAUUUAGAUAGUUAUUUAGGUGCUUACUCUGUCAAUCAAAUUUUGCUAUGGCUUUAAAAAUCCAUUAGAAAAAUGUAUUUUUUUAAAAUGUUUUAAGGGGGAGAUAGUCAGGAAAAGAGAGAGGUAGCUUGAGUUAAAAAAAGGAUAACCUGAGUGGUAGGGAAGUUAAAGUAGAAGAGAUGGAAGUGGGAAUGACAAGUGUCCACCCCUUGUUUUAGUUAAAUUGGAUGGCUCUUCCCAGGUGAAAUGGUUCAAAAGUUGCAAACCAAUAAUUUUUUACAUUUGAUAGAUAUAAGUGUCUAUUUUUAUAGAGUUUAACCUGUGGACUUGUUGCUGCAAUACUAAAUGCUUUAAGACAAAAUUUGUUCAUGCAACAAAUUAAAGUUCAGCAUUAAUUUUACAAAAUGUUUUAAGAGAUUUGUAUUAAUACAAUGUGCUCUUAUUAUGAUUUUUUGUACUUGCACACCAGUUAAUAAUUAGUAUUUGCUUGUCAACAUAUAUGCUGCUUUGUGGUUUUAUAAUUUUAUAUUUGUAUUUAGCUAUCCUUAGGUAGAUGGGUUUUUUUUUCUGUAAAAGAGAAAUAUCUGUUAUUCUUCCUAAAUAUUGGAUUUCAAUGCUAGUCUGUGAUUUCACAGUAUUAAUCGUUCACUUGUCUCUGCGGCACAUACCCAUAACAUGAUUAUUCUCACAUAAACAAUUUUUAAACAUCUGAAUUGUUAAAAGGCACAACUGUGAUAUUCUAUCAAUCUUUAAGUGAGUGUGCUCUUUCAUGAAUAAAUGAGAUGCAAAUGAAAAAUAAAGGGGAGGGGAUAAUAUAUAUAUUUUUUUAAUAUGACCUUAUUCUUGUUAUUGAAUUAUUUGACUCAACUUCAGCUUUUAAAGUAGAUCUGAGAGCAUAAAUCCAUCUUUUUUCCUUUAUUAGAAAUAUCAAAAUUGAUCUCUUCAAAAUUUAAACCAUACAUCAUGUAUUUAAGUGCAUAAUGUUUUUUUAUGUUACAUAUUAUUCAUAUGAUAAUGAAAUUAUGAAUGUUAUUUUUCAUCUUUGAUUUUUUUUUACAUUUUUUACUUGGCAAGGAAAAUAUUUAUGUUGGUUUUUUGUUGUGCCAGUAAAAGCUCAUAACCAAUAUAUUCUGUCUGCAGUUUUUAUUAUUUUAGCUGCAAUUAGAAAACAUUAAUACCUGCAUAUUUUUUAGCUCACCUGGCCCGAAGGGCCAAGUGAGCUUUUCCCAUCACCUUGCGUCCGGCGUCCGUCGUCCGUCGUCCGUCGUCCGUCGUCGUUAACUUUUACAAAAAUCUUCUUCUCUGAAACUACUGGGCCAAAUUGAACCAAACUUGGCCACAAUCAUCAUUGGGGUAUCUAGUUUAAAAAAUGUGUGGCGUGACCCGGUCAACCAACCAAGAUGGCCGCCACGGCUAAAAAUAGAACAUAGGGGUAAAAUGCAGUUUUUGGCUUAUAACUCAAAAACCAAAGCAUUUAGAGGAAAUCUGACAUGGGCUAAAAAUGUUUAUCAGGUCAAGAUCUAUCUGCCCUGUAAUUUUCAGAUGAAUCGGUCAACACGUUGUUGGGUUGCUGCCCCUGAAUUGGUAAUUUUGUGGAAAUUUUGCAGUUUUUGGUUAUUAUCUUGAAUAUUAUUAUAGAUAGAGAUAAACUGCAAACAGCAAUAAUGUUUAGUAAAGUAGGAUUUACAAAUAAGUCAACAUGACCGAAAUGGUCAGUUGACCCGUUUAGGAGUUAUUGCCCUUUAUAGUCAAUUUUUAACCAUUUUUCGUAAAUCUUAGUUAUCUUUUACAAAAAUCUUCUCCUCUGAAACUACUGGGCAAACUUGGCCACAAUCAUCAUUGGGGUAUCUAGUUUAAAAAAUGUGUGGCGUGACCCGGUCAUCCAACCAAGAUGGCCGCCACGGCAAAAAAUAGAACAUAGGGGUAAAAUGCAGUUUUUGGCUUAUAACUCAAAAACCAAAGCAUUUAGAGGAAAUCUGACAUGGGGUAAAAAUGUUUAUCAGGUCAAGAUCUAUCUGCCCUGAAAUUUUCAGAUGAAUCGGACAACCCAUUGUUGGGUUUCUGCCCCUGAAUUGGUAAUUUUGUGGACAUUUUGCAGUUUUUGGUUAUUAUCUUGAAUAUUAUUAUAGAUAGAGAUAAACUGUAAACAGCAAUAAUGUUAAGUAAAGUAGGAUUUACAAAUAAGUCAACACGACCGAAAUGGUCAGUUGACCCGUUUAGGAGUUAUUGCCCUUUAUAGUCAAUUUUUAACCAUUUUUCGUAAAUCUUAGUUAUCUUUUACAAAAAUCUUCUCCUCUGAAACUACUGGGCCAAAUUAAUCCAGACUUGGCAAUCAUCAUCUUUGGGGUAUCUUGUUUUAAAAAUGUGUCCGGUGACCCGACUAUCAAAUCAAGAUGGCCGCCACAGCUAAAAAUAGAACAUAGGGGUAAAAUGCAGUUUUUGGCUUAUAACUCAAAAACCAAAGCAUUUAGAGCAAAUCCAACACGGGGUAAAAUUAUUAAUCAGAUCAAGAUCUAUCUGCCCUAUAAUUUUCAGAUGAAUCUGACAACCCAUUGUUGGGUUGCUGCCCCUGAAUCGGUAAUUUUAAGGAAAUUUUGCAGUUUUUGGUUAUUAUCUUGAAUAUUAUUAUAGAUAGAGAUAAUCUGUAAACAGCAAUUAUGUUCAGCAAAGUAAGAUUUACAAAUAAGUCAACAUGACCGAAAUUGUCAAUUGACCUCCUAAGGAGUUAUUGUCCUUUAUAGUCAAUUUUUAACAAUUUUCAUAAAAUUUGUAAAUUUUUAUUAACAUUUUCCACUGAAACUACUGGGCCAAGUUCAUUAUAGAUAGAGAUAAAUGUAAGCAGCAAGACUAGUAAAGUAAGAUUUACAAACACAUCACCAUCACCAAAACACAAUUUUGUCAUGAAUCCAUCUGCUUCCUUUGUUUAAUAUUCACAUAGACCAAGGUGAGCGACACAGGCUCUUUGGAGCCUCUAGUUUUUACUUAUUCUAAUGCAGACUGAAAUAUUGUAAUUACAAAUGAAGAUGGCUCAAUUCAAAUACACUUGGAUGCUAUAAUAUCUGCAUUGUUUCUUUUUGAUGAAAAUAUCUAAGAAACUUGAUUCUUUUUGUGUAAACAUUUGAUUGGGAAACAUCAUUAUUUUAUGAUACACAUACAUGUCAGAUCCAAGAAUCUAAGACGUUUGUAAUUACAUGUAAUUACAUGUAGCAGUAUAGAGUGCUUCCCCCUGUUUUAUCAUUGGCUUUCAAAGAUUGACAGUCGACUUAUAUUUGAUCAAAUUGAAUCAUUACCAUAACAUUUACUAUUUACAAAUAUUUUGAACUGCACUUUUAUGUAAUGUGUUUGUAUUUGUUGGGUAGGUUUAAUGAAUAACCUAAAAGUUGUGCCUCACCAGAGGUUGGUCAAUUUAUAAUGUCAAAUGUUUCAGUGCAGGAAGAAUGGCUAUACAUAUAAUGAAGGGUCAGAACAAAAAAAAACAAUUAUAAUGUGGGAACAUGAUAGAACAAGAAAUAAAUGAGGCAUGUAUUCAAUUAAAGUGAUGUGGAAAUAGCAUGCCCAUUUUUCCUAAACUUUCAGUAGGGACAAGUCAAAACUUUCAAGGCCAGUAGAUUAUUGUUUAAGGGCUACCUAGUAGUCCUUGCACAAGUAAGAAGUUUGAUUUUUCCACAUCAUUGAAUGAUUUAGUUAUCUUGCCAGGUCUGUGUCUGAAAAGUUUUACGUUAAUUUGUCAUUAUUGUUAGAUGUGAUUAUUUUAUUGUUUUAUAUAGGGUGUUUUUGACACUAUUUAUUGAUUAUUCUUGUACUCUAGCUCGGUAUCAUUCAGUCAAUUUACUGUUGAAAAAUCAAAUGUAUUCUUAUUUUUAUUUUUAGAAGCAUACACUUUAGAAAUCUUAUUUCCAGUGAAAAAAUGUAUUUUAAAAUGAACAGUAGACCAAUGAAGUUUACCAAGUUUUUAUUUAAGAUGCAACCAAUCAAAUCACUGUUAUUCCUUUUGAUUCUGAUAGGGCAAUCAAUAAAAGACAUUAAAAAAUUGCUCCUAUUGUAAAAACAUAUUAACAAAUGAUAUAAAAAUUAUAUAAAUAUUACAUGUUAAGUCAACAAAAGCAUUGAGUAAAAUUCGCUUGCAAUUGUGACAAUUAUUUCAUACUGGUAAGUUCAUUUACUUGAGUGAUGUAUUCCACUAGUUCUUGGGUAUAUUUUAUACAGACCAUGUACUUUUUUUUAUUUUACUUUUGCCAUACUGAAAUAAUGGUCAGAUCUUGUUUAAAUUAGUCAUUUUGAAAUUCAUAACUCAACUGAAUAUAUCCAUAAUAUUGUUAGUGUUUAAUUUGUUCCAUUUUUUGUCUACAUUUUAUUCUAAUCCAAGAGCAUAUUUUCUCAUUUAUUUUUAUACCUUCAUCAUUUCAUUGUUAGCACUAUUCAUGAGGAGAAGUUGAUUACUGUAAUUACACUUACUAUAAGAAGUGGAUGUGUGUUGGUUAUGCAUAAAAGUUGUUUUUGAAUUAUCAAUAAAGAUUUGCAUUCAA